AUGACAAUCAACACAGGACUCGAUUACCUCCGGACAAAGACUGUUGUUGACUGCGACACCUUGGAUGAGCAAGUGGCCAAAACCUAUGGUCCUUUCAUCGACUGCACGUCUAACCAGGCUAUUGCAUACGGCGAACUUUCUAAACCAAAAAAUUCAGCCCUGAAAGCAGACUCCCUCGCCGAGGCAGGGAGGCUUCUAUCGAGGUUUGAGGGUGUCGAGGUUUUCGAGUUGGCUGUUGAGAUUGCGAUGGUCAAACUAGCCCUCAGAAUCGCCCCGCAUAUCACCGGCCACGUGCAUAUCCAGACGAAUCCUUAUUACUCGUUUUCAACGGAGAAGACUAUUGUUAAUGCCCUACGAAUCGUCCAGCUCUUCCAGACCCUCCAUCCAGGAUUUGAACAAUCCCGCAUCUGCAUCAAGAUCCCAGCAACAUGGGAAGGAAUGAUGGCGUGUCGUAUCCUGGAGCUAGCAGGCGUGCAUACACUAGCUACCACACUAUUCACAAUGGCGCAGGCUGUACUCGCUGCAGAGGUGGGAUGUUCGUAUGUCGCGCCGUAUGUGAAUCAGCUCAGAGUUCAUUUUGAGAUGGGGUUUGCCGACCCAAACAAACUACUCCCCCUCUGCGUGGAAAUCCAGAAGUACUACAAAUCCAUCAACUCCAAAACACUUGUCCUACCCGCUAGUCUCACCUCGACGGCGGAGAUUUAUGCCCUAGCGGGCGUGAACCAUAUCACCAUUGCGCCUGGGCUGUUGGCACAGCUUGCGGAGCCGAAUUUGGAGUCGGGGGCUGAGGUAAAGUCGCUUUUUGAUGUGGGUGUUGCGGCUGCUGGCGAUGUGGAAAAGGAGGGUAAGGGUGUGUCAUUUGUGAAUGAUGAGUCUGCGUAUCGGAUGGCGUUUACGAGGGAUUUGCAUGGAGGGAGUGAGGAGAAGUUGUCGCAAGCGAUCAAUUUGUUCUGCGAUAUGCAGGAUAAGAUGGUGCAGAUUAUGAAGGCUGCAAAGAUUGCAUACUGA